GCUAUUUGGAACACGGCCGAUCAGUUCCUUCGGCGCCUUCGCACCGUGGACGCGGACACGCUAACGUCCUUUGUCGCCGAUUUCAAACCCGUACCGAAUCGGGCGAAAGAGACGCUGAAGAAAACCGCGAAAAAUCGCGCGACGCACCGUUUUUGCGAAUCGAUACAAACGGAGAGAACCGACGUGCUCGUCGAGCUUUUGUGAACCUCUUGCGAAGAAACGGAAUCGGCCCCGAGGGAUGUUUCGUGAGAUAGUUCGGGAUAGUUCAUGAUAAAGCUUGGAAUCGAUCGAUUUAUCUCAUUGAAAGAAUUCACCGGCACCAGAAAGGUUUUCGACAAUAGCACGAGACAAUAUCAGCAACAAUACAAUGUCGGAAGGUUGCACGAGUUGCAGAGGCGCGAAUUACGCGAGCGGCACUUUGCAGUUAGGCACGACUCCCGGUGGCAACACCGGAAGCUCGUCGUCUACUCCUGCAACGGCAUGUGUAACUACAAGAAGAGUCCAGGUUCGCGCAAAAGUGCUAUACGGCACGGGCAAAGCGAUAGCGAGCUUGCAAGCGCAGGAGAAAGCGGCCAGACACUGACAAGCAUCAUCCUCUCUUCUCUCUCCUGCGCAUUGUCAUCAAAGUCAGGGAAGGAAAAUGAUAAAGAAGAAUCUUAUCAAAGCCAAGCAUCGAAUCUCGCAGUUAGCAUUUCUGGCAAAAGCGAGCAAUCGCUUUCCACAUCAACAGACGUUCUGGGGAGAAGAGUAAAUAUUUUAUCGGAGUACAAUCCUUUAACCCCGGAUAUCCAGGAAAGCAACGCAAAUAGUUCGUAUCCUGUCAAAGUAGCGCGCUCGAAAUACGUACAGAAGUUGCCGGAGGAAGAGAUAGGAGAGGUAGCAACGGAUGUGUUACAACCUAAAGAUUCCGACGGAAUUACGUACAUUCUUGCAAAAGAGACGAAUCAAACGAGAGAUGGAAUUCGACAUGGAUUUUUAAACGCAUCGCGCAUUUCUGAAGGCUUUGCGACACUGGGAUCAACGGAAAGGAAAAGAAAAAAUGAAGAAGGUGGAAAGACAGAGAAUAAACUCGCGCAAGAAAAAGAAUCCUUGGCCAAACCGCCGAAUGAUACGGAUAUAAAUAAUAUUUCGAAAUUAUCGAGCAAUGCAACAGAUAACACAUUGCAGAAAAGAAAAUUUCUUCAAGAACAAAACAGUAGCUUUCAAGUGAAUAAAAAUUCUAACAGCGCUGACACAUUUCCGGCGACGAAACACCUCGCUGAGAACUCGAGCGAGAGUUCGGUCCGAUUGACCAACGUGAUCGCGGAUUCAAAAGUUGAAGACCAAACUCUGAAAAGUCGCACUGACCAAGAGAACUGGGAAUCCAGGGAAGAUUAUCUGAUGGAAGCUGCGAGUUUCGGACUGCAAGCCAUGCACAAUCUCUAUUACAUCCAGGAACCUAAAUUAUAUUCAAUGGGUCUCUAUCUUGGAAGCGACAAUCCAGCGAGAUAUGUAGCAGCGUUUAACGAUCAGUCGGAAGAAGCGAGAGAUCUCGCGAGAUUCGGAUACGCAGCCCUUCAAAGCACCACCAUGUUCUUAAAAAGGUUUCCCGACGCGCCGUUAGAAUUAUCUUUAUCCCGAAGUAAGUUCACUCGAAGAACCUUGUUGGAACAACAAUGCCCACGGAGAGAUCCACCUCGAUGCCCACCGGCUAGCCUACGAUACAGAACCUCUGACGGCAGCUGUAAUAAUCUGCAGAAUCUUUGGUGGGGUUCCGCAAUGUCCGCUAUGCAAAGAUUUCUGCCACCGGAAUAUCAUGACGGCGUACAAAGCAUCAGGAAAACAAAAAAUGAAAGACCACUGCCAAGCGCGCGAGAGAUCACGAAUGAAAUCCACGAAGAGAAGGACGUACCUCUGGCUUCUAUUACUCACAUGCUAAUGCAAUGGGGACAAUUCGUAGAUCACGAUUUAGCAGCGACCGGACAAAGCAGAGGAUUCAACGGCACAGUGCCGCAGUGUUGUUUGCGAGGAGGUGUCGGUUUUCAAUCGCCAGAAUUGAUGCAUCCAGAGUGUCUACCGAUAGCAGUAAAUCUACGCGACAGUUUCUAUGGUCCUCUGGGCGUAAGGUGUUUGGAAUUUCUCAGAAGCGGACCGGCUCCUAAAGAGGGCUGCGAAUUCGGCCCCAGAGAGCAAUUGUCCCAGGUGACUAGUUACUUAGAUGCCUCCAUGGUUUAUAGCAGCAAUGCCAUGCAGAGUGAUAGUCUGAGGAUAUUCCGGAACGGCCUGCUGCAAUACGGCAGAAUUCAAUCGCGAAAACCUUUGUUGCCGAAACGCGAAUCCGAUCUAUGCAAACGCGGAUCGCUAUCGACAACGUGCUUCCGAGCCGGUGACGGACGUCUCAGCGAGCAACCGGCUCUCACAUCUCUGCACAUCGUCUUUCUGCGAUUGCACAACAGAAUAGCUACGGAACUAUCGGCCCUAAACUCCCACUGGAGCGACGAGAAACUUUUUCAAGAAACUCGAAGGAUCGUCGGCGCUGUGGUUCAGCAUAUAACUUAUCGAGAAUUUCUACCGAUCAUUCUUGGUCCCCAAGUGAUGAAAAUCUUUGACCUGGAAGUUCUGAAAAAAGGUUACUACGAAGGGUACGAUCCGACCGUAAAUCCCACCAUUGCAAACUCAUUUGCUACAGCAGCUUAUCGAUUCGGCCAUUCUUUGGUUCAACGGAGUUUCAUUAGAUUUGAUAGCAAUCACCAACCGAUAUUGAAUAAUGUCUCGAUUCACGACGAAUUCAGCAAUCCCGCGAACCUGGAGGCUAGCGGCUCCGUCGAUCGUCUUGUCCUGGGCCUAGUGAAUCAACCGUGCCAGAGGCGGGACGUAUUCAUAAGCGAGGAGAUGACGAAUCAUCUCUUUCAAACGCCCGCAUUCGCAUUCGGCAUGGAUCUGGCGUCCCUCAACAUCCAACGGGGCAGGGAUCACGGUCUACCGCCUUACGUGCGAUGGCGCGAGCCGUGCAGCUUGUCACCGAUAAGAACCUUCGAAGAUCUCGAUAAAGUGAUGUCGCCGAACACAGUGAGGAAAUUUAGAUCGCUGUACGCGUCAGUGGAUGAUAUCGAUCUGUACACGGCCGGCCUGGCGGAAAAGUCAGUGGUCGGCGGUCUGAUCGGGCCGACCUUCGCCUGCAUAAUCGGCCAGCAAUUUAGCAAUCUGCGACGCGGCGAUCGAUUUUGGUACGAAAAUCCCGAAAGCGAGAGCAGCUUCAACGCCGGUCAGCUGCAGCAGAUCAGACGAGUCACUCUCGCUCAGGUGCUCUGCCGUACGAUGGACAGCAUCGAGACUAUACAACCGUUCGUCUUCCUCGCGGCAGACGCGUUGAAGAACCAGCGUCUCUCCUGCGACGAUCCGACCAUCGGGCAAUUGAAUCUCGAAUUCUGGGCCGAACGGCCGUCCGAAUUCAGAAGCAACGACAACGACGACGACCCGCAGAAGACUAAACGAACAACGAUCGACAUAAACACUCCCGAAUCUAGAGUGAAAGGGGAGAACGCUAAUUCGCAGAGAAAGCAUAAUGAAGAACAGGCGAAGAUCACAUCUCAGAAGCCUUUCAAGACCGGCGUCAAUCAGAACAAUAAAAUCGUGGUGAAGAGACCGUUCGGACGUCCCGACAACGGCAACAUCACAAUCAUGGUGCAGAAUCACGCGGUGAACUCGCCUGUCUUCGUGAACGAAGGUAUUUACGGUUCGCACAUCAGAAUACAAGAACAACCCACCGUCAAACCAACCUCGAAUCAAGCGAGUAAUCAUCCCGCGCAUCGGCCGCCAGGAAAACCCAUACCGAUCGUUAUUCCUCACUUGGCGAAUUUUCACUCGACAGAUCAUUCCCCGUAUGUUCCUUACGCUUUCAACGAUCCCAGCAAUCCGAAUCCGCUCGCUUACGGAUACAGAUCGCCCGCCGCCGCCGCCCCGCAAGACGAUGUCUUCUACGACAACUAUCCACCCACCAGUCCCAGGCCUACUCUCUACACUUAUUACACGAGUUUCCAGCAGAAGCCUACGCGAAUACCCGAUCACAAGAUCGACGGUUAUUUGAUCAACUAUGGACCCGGCUAUCACGAGCACGGCUCACUUCCGGCGCAUACUCAUGAAAGACCGAAACCUCCAGUACAUUCUGGUCCCCAUUAUGAUUCAAAUAGUGAGCAGAAACCGAAUUACAGCAGUUUUAAACCUCCGGCAAACACACGGCCGAUUUCUGUACAGAAUUAUGCAUCGCAUGAUGAAUCUCAUCACACGCACAAGCCAAGUUACGGCGUGCAGAAACCUCCGACGACCACGCGACCGAAUCUCCGGCCGAAUUAUGAAUCGAAUAAUGGACUCUAUCAGGGACAAAAACCAGAUUAUAAUAGACCCAAACCUCCCGCCAACUUGCGACCGAAUGAUGAAUCGCACCAGAAACCGGUUUAUAGUGGAUUUAUAUCUCUAGCAAUCUCGCGACCAGAUUCCAGACCGGAUCUUCUAUAUGGCACACAAAAACCAGGCAGUGCUGGAAAUCCACACUUUCAAAGUGGAGUUCACGACUUGAAUAACAGACCGAGCGAAGGUUACCCUGGUAAUCUAAACAAACCGCAGGGACAAUGGAGCUCAAACGGUUAUUCGAAAAGACCUGACGACAAGCUGUACGACGAUGACGAUCCCGAUGCGUACCGGAAGAGGCCAAGCGUCAAACCACCGAGCUAUAGCACUGAAAGUUUUUCGGUAUCGAGCAACAAGCCAAGCGAAUAUAAUUCUCAAUUUUGGAAAGAAGCGUCGCCUGCUACUAUCAAGGAUUCCGCGCAAGAUAGAUUGUACGGAUCCGUUCCAACGUUUUCUGGAACGAAUACUCCUUCUUAUCAAAAAGGCACAUUGUUCCCCGCGAAUCACGACAAUUAUAAUCGAUAUUCCGAUGCUACAUCGAUUCAUCAAAAGAUAGCGUCCUCUACGCCGAGUAGUCGGCCAAAUACCGCGUCCUAUGUAAAAGAAAGCGGCACUCGGCUUCCUCAAAGCGACACUUUUACUCUAUACAGUUCUUCGUCCUCUCAGAAACCGACAAGUGAUCCAAGCUAUCAAAAAGAUGAUCAAUCGCAACUGCCUUUCUACUUGAAAGAAUCGGUCGACAGACCACACAGUACUACAGGAUUUUUAUAUGACGAAACAUAUAAAAAUCCUACGAAACCGCCUUAUUUAAAGGAUCAAUUUGCAUCCAGUACUCCACUUCGACCAGAAACUUCGACGAUUGGUUUUCAAGUGCACAAACAGGAGGAAAAUCUCAGUUCGAGGCCAACGAAAGUACACAGCGUCACGAUUGUCACCGAAACGAUCGAAACUAUUCAUCAUCCCGGUCAAUCCGGAUACAUACCUCAGCACAGGGUUACCAGCGAGAUUCCAAGACCACUGGCGCAGCAGAUAAAAAGCAAUGUUCCAAUUGCCAAGAAACCUGGACAGUAUUAUUACGAAAAAAACGUGCUGCAUCGAUAUCCGGGUGAAGUCGUCGAUCAAAUUCCCAAAAGUAAUCAUUAUUCGACAGACAAACCUAACGGAACGCUCGUUCAAGAUCAAACAACUGCGUCUGAAAUAGCAGCAGAAACAUCGAUUACUGAUGAUUCCGUAACGAGCUCUGGAGUAAUUCAAGGCGAUGAAAAUAAAUUGACAACGACGCCAACACUCGUCAUUGCUAAUGAUAAUAAGAGAGGUGAUGUAACAGAAGACCUUGCACGCACUUUCUCAGCAGACGUAGAAAAUGUUGCACUAGCUGACGUUCCCAUAAGAAUAAAUUAUUGGAUGAAUCCACAAGAAGAUCUGAAUUUACCAUCGAUGCUGGAAAUGCCCGAAAUUCUAUCCGAUGAAUUCACGAACGACAAGGAAUUACCCAAGCCCAUUAAAUCGAGCAGUCACGCUACUUAAAAAUUCUACGCAUUUCAAUUCGUCCUCCGAACUUUCGAUUCUCAAAUAAAAUCGUUAAAAAGUUUUAGAAUUAUCUACCUAUUUUGCUUAUUAUCGAACAUCGUCGCAUUCACGUUUACAAUGCAAGAAAGUGUGAAAAUGUUAAACUUAUAAUAGAUUACAGAAUAUUUAUUAAUAAUUUAGACGUUGCUUUAAUUUUUUUAGAAAAUAAAUAAGUAAAGAUAAAUAAGUAAGCAUUUAUCAUGCGAAAUAUUUGCAGAGUGUCCCAAACCAACAGUAUCGCCCGUUAAUAACAGAUUUCUGAAGUCAUUUAGAGACCGAGAAAUUUUUAUAACAAAAUGUCAAGGCUACAGUAGUUUUUAAAUGCAAAGUGUUUAAAAUUGCGCAAUUUGACUAUCAACAAUUCACGCGCUCAGGCAUGUCGCAUAAUUUUUAUAUCCAUACCAUAUAAGAAACCUCAGAAAUCUACUAUUAACGAGUGACAUUUUACAUUAUUUUGAAAUCUACUUUCUCACAAUAAUAUUAAAAUAAAAUUCACUUACCAGCAUAAAGAGCUACUUGUUCACAAGUAGAUCUGCAACAUACAAAGUACAUUCAAAUUAAAGCAGCGUUUGAAAUAAUUAUUUGACAAAUAAUUAUUACGCGCAUUAAACUUUUACUUAAUCUUU